AUGGCGGCUCAAAUCACCCCGAACAACGAGGCUCAGUCACCCUCUUCACCCAAACUCGUCCAACAACACGCCCGACCUUCCAUCGAUGAGGCUGCCGAAGACCGUGAGAACGGCAACGAGGAAGCCUGGAGUGAUGACGAUGGCGAUGAAGAGGGCCCAAAGAGGAAAAGACCGCGUCCAUUGAGUGCGUCCUAA